AGAACCCAUCCAAAGCCUUCAAAGUCCUGAAAACAGACAGGAUCCAGCAAACGGAGGACCAGCUUCACCACAUAUUUCGAGAGAAUCAUUCACCGGGCUAUGAAACCCAAGAACCAGACUAUAUUCAGCCUUCUGAGGACCAACAAGACCAGAUCUUCCCUCAGAAUCGUUCCCCCUUGCUAACAGACCGUAGACAGUCCUCAAAAGAGCAAAAAGAUCCCAUCUUUCAGCUCAUCCGCACGCUGUCGCAGAAUUCCGAGGAUCGUGAUCUCUGCAGGCGCUGGCUGGACACCUUGCAGCACUGCGACAGGCUGGAGAAGACAGAACGCAAUCGUCUCCUCCGAAGAAUGGAGUGCCAAUUGACCGCAAGUGGUCGUUUAAGUGCGCCCUUCACGAACCUCGCCAAUCUGGAGGAGCUUCUGGGGGCAAACAGCGACGAAACCUCAGAUUCUGGAGCUCUUUACCUACAAAGAGACCUUAAAGAGGAACAUGCCCACCUCGAUCGUAAGGUCAAGACUCUCAAACUUAAGCUAGCUGCCUUGCAAAUCCAAACGAACUACCAGCAGCAAAGGCUAAAGAAACUCAGCAUGGAGAACAGCUACAAGUCGAAAUUUAGCAAGGGCAUCAAGAAAACCCUUAUGCUGGCAGCUCGACAUAGUUUGCAAUCCCAAGAUCCCGAGACGUUUCCCUCGCAUUUCAUUUCGCAAAUGUUCGAGGCCUUUGCGGGCGAUGAAAAACUCACAGAUCAUUUCAAAACCUUGGACUACGAGCUGAGGAAAAUUGUGCAGAAAAUGUGCAUUCACGCCCACGAACGCCAGAAAAGUUCGCUUCAAGGCAUUGUUAAUGAGAAGGCUAAGAAGGUAAUGCAAAAGUUUAUUGAAAAAUAUGAAAAUCAGUUGGCCAAACAAGAUGAAAGCCAAAAAAGAAGUGCUUUAGCCAUGAAGGAAAAGUGUUUUGAUCUGCUUAAGCAAUUUUUACUGACCGAUAUUUCAGAUCAAAGUUGCGGAGAAGAAUAUAUUAACCAGCUGGAAGUCCUAUAUGAACAGGAAAUUUUAAAAUAA